UCUCUCCAGCCUCUGACUGUGCAUUCUGGAACAAUGUGGACCUUGGCACUGUGGGUAUUCCCUCUACUCUGCAAACUCAGCCUGGCAGCUCUGCCAACUAAGCCGGAAAACAUUUCCUGCAUCCUUUACUUUGAUAAAAAUAUGACUUGCACUUGGAGACCCGAGAAGGAAACCAAUGAUACCAGCUACACUGUGACGAUGAUUUGCUACUAUAGUAAAAAAAGCUGCACUGCUAAGGCUACAGAGGCUUCGAUUUGGUUUCGCUCUCCCUCUGCCUAUGUGACACCCCCAGAUGAUUGCACUGUUGAAGUGGAAGCUCAAAACAGAGAUGGGAAAGUUAAAUCUGACAUCACAUAUUGGGAAUUAACCUCCAUAGUGAAAACUGAACCACCUAUAAUUUUAAGCGUGAAUCCAAUUUCAAAUAAAAUGUUCCAGAUACAAUGGAAACCCCAUGAAGAUAUUUAUGUAUUUGAUUUAAUGUGCACACUUCGGUUCAGGACUGUCAACAGUAGCCACUGGAUGGAAGUCAAUUUCAAGGAUCAUGGACGGGUCUACAACCUCACAGGGCUUCAGGCUUUCACAGAAUAUGUCCUGGCUCUACGAUUCAGGUUCAGUGAGUCAAGAUAUUGGAGCAAGUGGAGCAAAGAAGCAACCAGAAUGACUAUGGAGGAAGUUCCACAAGUCCUGGACCUGUGGAGAAUUCUGGAACCGGCAGAUGUGAAUGGAGACAGGAAAGUGUUAUUGCUGUGGAAGAAGGCAAGAGGAGCCCCAGUCUUGGAGAGAACGCUUGGCUACAACAUACAGUACUCUGCAGAGAACAGCACUAUCCUCACAGAGAUAAACAAUAUCACUACCCAGCAGUAUGAACUGCUUCUGAUGAACCAGACACACCAUGUUUCUGUGACUUCUUUUAAUUCUCUUGGCAAGUCCCAAGAGGCCGUGCUGAGGAUCCCAGAUGUUCGUGAGGAGAGCUUCCAGUGCAUCGAGGGCAUGCAGGCCCACAUAGCUGAGCCCCUCCUGGUGGUGGACUGGCAGAGCUCCAUUCCUGAGGUGGACACUUGGGUAGUGGAGUGGCUCCCAGAGACUGCCGGGUCAAAGUUGCCUGCUCUUUCCUGGGAAUCCGUGUCUCAGGUCACCAACUGGACCAUUGAGCAAGAUAAAUUAAAACCUUUCACGUGUUAUAAUAUAUCAGUUUAUCCAGUGUUAGGACACCGAGUCGGAGAGCCAUAUUCAAUCCAAGCUUAUGCCAAAGAAAAAGCUCCAUCAAAAGGUCCUGUUACUGGGGUGGAGAACAUCGGUCUGAAGACAGCCACGAUCACAUGGAAAGAGAUUCCCAAGGAUAUUAGAAAUGGAUUUAUCAACAAUUACACUAUAUUUUACCAAGCUGAAGGUGGAAAAGAAUUCUCCAAGACUGUUAACUCCCAUGCCCUUCAGUAUGACCUGGAGUCUCUGACACGAAGGACUUAUUAUUCUGUUUGGGUCAUGGCCAGCACCAGAGCUGGAGGUGCCAACGGGAAGAAAAUAAACUUCAAGACACAGUCAAUCAGUGUCUUUGAAGUUGUCCUUCUAAUAUCUCUGGUUGGAGGAGGCCUUCUUCUACUUAGCAUCAGAAUGGUGACUUGGGGUCUUAGAAAGCCAAACCGAUUGACUCGCCUGUGCUGUCCUGACGUUCCCAACCCUGCUGAAAGUAGUUUAGCCACAUGGCUGGGAGACGACUUCAAGAAGUCAAACAUGAAGGAGACUGAAAACUCUGGGAACACAGAAGACAGGGUCGUAAAACCAUGUCCUGUCCCCGCUGACCUCAUUGACAAGCUGGUAGUAAACUUUGGGAAUUUUCUGGAAAUAGUUUCAACAGAGGAAGCUGGAAAGGGUCAGGAGAGCAUUUUGGGAGGAGAGGCGAAUGAGUAUGUGACCUCCCCAUCUAGGCCUGACUGUCCCCCAGGGAAAAGUUUUAAGAAGCCCUCAGUUUUAAGUGAGGUUGCUUCUGAAGACUCUCAUAGCCAGUGUUUGGGAAUGGCAGAAGAGGCAUACUCAGAAUUUGACAAGCAACCUCCGUCUUCCUGUCAGAGUCCAGGACUAGAGCCACCCUGUGAACAGCAAACUCAGAAUCCGUAUCUGAAAAAUUCAGUGACAACCAGGGAGUUUCUUGUACAUGAAAGCAUUCCAGAGCACAGCAAGAGAGAAAUCUAAGUGCUGCCGUGGUGAGAAACCCUCAGAGACUGAAUGGAUCUCUUCCCUAGAAAAGACACUGAGACUUCUUGAAGCCUCCUUUGACCCCUCCCUGUUGAGUUUGCUGCUUAGCUGCCCAGAAGUUGGUGACACAGAUGUCGAUUUAUGCCAGGAAGAAUGGAAUGCUUUAUAGGGAAAAGGAAGUUACUUUCUUCUGUGCACUCUCACAGAGGCCCCUUGAAAUGAUGGCCUUGAGAGAAGGGCUCAGCUUCAGAACUUAAAGGACCCCCAGGUGGACACGUCAGAUCUUAUCCCCUGGAACCAAGAUGUCCUGGCCAUUGCUGAAGCUACCCUCAGAGCCCAGGACAGCUGUUUCGUUGGUGCUUGACUCUGGCAGGAACCUGAUCUCUACUCUUCCUCUCCCUGUCUCUGCACACUUCCUCUCCUUCACAGAGGCCAGGAGUAGAGUGGAUUUCUAACGGGAUGCCAGGCUCCUCAGUCUUUGCUCCGUCUCAGGGUCUUCAACAAUGCCCUUUCUGGGACUCUUCAUCACCCACUUACAUUUAUUUUUACAACGUUGGGGCUUGAACCCAGGGACUUGUUGUUUAUGCUAGGCAAGUGUUCUAUCCAUCCCUCUCUCCCCAAGUUUAUUGUACAUUGACUGCUGCUAAAUCAAGACAUUCCAGAAACCUCCAGUAAGACACUGGCAUGGACUGUGGGCUAGGUAGCAGGUCAGCGUCCUUUGUCUUGUGCUAUACCUGGUAGGAGAAGACACCAAGCAAGGUGCUCGGUGGCUUUCGUUCAGAGACACUGACUCACACUGGCUUAGAGACCAGGAGUGCUUACUGAGCAAACCCUAAAAGGGCCUCUUCCAGGCUUCCUUGAGCAAGGCCUGGUAAGAUGUAGCACUUGGCAACUUUAUGGCUGUCUUAUGAGGACCUCUGCUCCAUUGCUAUAGCCAAGCACAGAGCUUGUGACAAGAAGGAGCCUUUGGCAGAAGUGCCGAACAUAGGAUUUAUAUGCUUAGGCCUGGGGAACUGUGUGGCCACACACAGUGGGCCAACCUCUGGUCCCUUUAUCUUGCUUUCAAUCUUGGGAAGUGACUUUAAAACAAAACAAAACACGGGCAAUUUGAUCCCAGGGUCCGCUGCGCCUCUGAGCUCUCCCUAGAAUUUCUGACUGGGGAGGCUCUGGCCCAGCCUUCUCUCUUGGCCUGAGGAGAGACAGCCAAGGACACUCUCACACCUCCAGCUAGGGGAAUCUCAGACUCCAGGUUGGUUAGAGGAGCGGGCAGAGCCUCAGAAGACAUGAUAAGGCUUUGGAAUCUAAAAAUCCUUGAACAGUGGGGGUCUGGGUGGGGAGAGAACAGAAACAACCUCCCAACACACACACACACACACACACACACACACACACACACACACACACACACACACACACACGGCUCCCAGAGCUGAUACUGAUGCCCUCUGCCUGCCCUGCUAGAUUACGGAUGCCAGAGGCAUCUUGGCUGCCUUUUGCACCUGCUGCCCUGCCCCUUCCCCUUUCCUUUUAGGCUCCUGACUUCCCUUCUCCUCAGGUCUAUCUCUCCACGUCUCCUUUUCACUUCUUUCUCCCUUUCUCAGCCUUCUUGUGGCAUGCCCCAAAUUUACCUUUGCUGCCGUUGAUGAGUAGGAUGGUCGAAGGCCCUGUGCUGUCCCAGGUGGGCUUUGUGGUGGUCCCAUCAGAGCACUCUAAGGAGGGCUGGGUUUUCCUUUCACACUGAGUACUGCAGGUGGACUCACAGGAUGCAGGCUCAGAGGCCAUGAUGGCUUCCCCUCCUGGAUCAACUAGUCUCUGCACCAGGCGUUGCCUCUGUGGGUAAAGAAGGCCAUUGGCAUUUUCUCUCUUUACUGUAAAAGAAAAGGGACAUUGGGAGGACUCAGAGAAGUCAUUAAGUGGCAAAGUCAGUAAGAAAUUAUGAAAUUCAUGGUAAAGAGCUUUGUGGGGCCUUGGAAACCACACAAACAUCUAGAUUAAUGCCAUCAAUGGUCUUUUAUUUUCAAUAAUAGCAAAAAAUAGGGGCUGGGGAGAUGGCUUAGAGGUUUAGAGCAAUGGCUGUUCUUCCAGAGGUCCUGAGUUCAAUUCCCAGCACACCCAUGGCAGCUCAUAACUGUCUAUAAUGGGGUCUGAUGCCCUCUCCCGGUGUUCAGGCAUGCAUUCAGGCAAAGCACCCAUAUACAUAAACUAAAUAAAUCUAAAAAGAGAAUACAACAUUAAAGGAUGGUGGAGAACCCGAUCUGUUCUUAGCAGAGAACAGAGACCAAAAAGCAAUGUUUUCCUUCUGGCAUCCCAGGAGGCAGUGUCACAAGGAACCCUGCAGUAUGGACCCCACAGGGGUUCAGUGGGGCUGGAGGCUGGGGGGAGGGAAACUGCAAGAAAGGAACUGUAGUGAGGACCCCUCUCAAUGCCUUGCAGCCCAAGCCAGAGCACUGUCUCCAACCUAUCUCCUUAUUAAAUUUGUAAGUAUAGCAGAUGCUAGGUACCCUGUAGCCCAGAGGUCUCAGACAGCACCUCUCCUCAGACCAACCUAGGUGCUGUUUGUAUAGGUCUAUGAGCAAAUAACAUUAUUGGCAUUUUUAAAUGGUUAAAAACAAAAUUCAAAGGACACAUACCAUUUUGUGAUGUGAAAAGUGUACAAAAUUUCAAUGCUUGCAAAUAAAGCUUAAUGCCAGUGUCGGGGUUGACCAUACCUCACUUACAUAUUAUCUGUGGCCAGUCCAUCCCCACCUACCCAAAAACAACUUCAGUACCUGUGGUAAAGACUUAGGACUGGAGAUCUGGCCCUGUGCAGAAGGUUUGUGGACAUCUGCUCCUGUGUGAGCCUCAAACGACAUUGUCUUAACUCUGAAUCAGCUUCUAAAUUAAUAAAAUAAAAACCAAGAAACUGA